CAUUAACGUUAGUGGUGCUUUUCUUUUUUCAUUGGGCAUUAAUAACAAAUCGUCCAAAAUCAAGUUAUUCAAAAGCAUGGGUACCAUUAGAUUCUGAUCAAGAUCUGCCAAGUAUAGUUUUUGGCCCGAACGAAACAAAUUUUAUCAAAGAACCGGACAGAGCAAAUGCAUGUUUUGUAAUUUUGAUUAGAAACAGUGAUUUACAUAACUUUAGAGCGUCUAUGAGACAACUUGAAGAUAGAUUUAAUCAUAAAUAUAAUUAUCCAUAUGUAUUUUUAAACGAUGUUCCAUUUACGGAAGAAUUCAAGAAAUAUACGAGCGCCUUAACCAAAGCAAAAACCGAAUAUGGUAUAAUUCCGCCCGAACACUGGAGUGUUCCGGAUCAUAUAAAUAUGGAGACUGUAAAGACAAAUAUGGAAAAAAUGAGUAAAGAUGGUGUCAUAUAUGGUGGUAGUUUACCUUAUCCUUUUACCGUUUCGUUAUAUGAAUAUCCGGCAACGAUACCUACACUCUGGGAUGCUGUUAAAGAAUUUGCUAUAUCUUAUCCAGACUUAAUUGAAAAAGAAAAUUUAAUGGAAUUUAUAUCAAACGAUAAUGGAAAAACAUACAAUUUAUGUCACUUUUGGUCAAACUUUGAGAUCGGUGAUUUGAAUUUAUGGAGAAGUGAGGCAUAUAGAAAAUUUUUUGAUUUUCUUGAUAAGAAAGGAGGAUUUUUUUACGAACGCUGGGGGGAUGCACCAGUCCAUUCAAUAGCUGCAGCACUUUUCUUAAAGAGACACGAAGUACAUUUUUUCAAUGAAAUUGGAUACAAACAUGAACCUUUUAUGCAUUGUCCUAAAGAAGAAGAACUACAAGUAAAAUGUCACUGCGACCCUGGCAACAGUUUUGAUUUUCAUGGAUACAGUUGUACUGGAAAGUGA